UUGAAUUACAUUUUUCCUCUAGAUCUAAAAGAAGAAUUUAAUUUUAACUUAGAAGACUUUCAACAAAUUCAAAGUAAACGUUCUGCUGAAUAUGACCAAUGAAAUAAGUCAAUAACUGUUAUUUUGAUUAACAGUUAAAUAGUUAUAAAAUAACAGUUACCGCGUUAAUAAUACUUAUCACUACUAGACAGGCUUUACGUAAUUUUAGCAUUUUCGUGUUACGAACUGCUGUCUCAGUAGACUCAACGAAGUUUCAAAUCCGUACGCCAAAGUAAUUUCUGACAAUGGGCUUCGUGCGGUUAGUACAUUUGCAGAGGACUAGAGACAACCCACUGAUAUGGUUCGCUGUCAAGACCACUCUCGCAAGCGGUAUUGUUUAUUAUAGCAUUCAGCAGGGUCUAUGGUCCAAAUCCGAAGACAGCGUACAAUUGUACGGAAAGGUCUACAAUAAUGUUGCUCCUUAUAUCAAAGAUAACAUUCCUAAAGAAGUUCUAAGUGAGCUUCCACCAAUGCUGAGUACUAAUGAGCUCUGCAACUCUGCAAAAUCAACAUGGAAUAAAGGAGUCAUAGCAAGUAUGAAAUUCGUAUCUGAAACUCCUAGUCAUGUGAGCAAUGGCAUGCAAAGUCUUUCAACAACCAUAGGACAUUAUAUAGAACAACAAAGUGCAGCUGAAAAAAGUCAAUAGUAUGAGCGAUUUCUAGUUUUAUUUUGUGGAUUUUAGGCAAAUGUUAUAAUAACAAUGCCAUUAAAUAUUGAAAUAUAUUAUUUUUGCCAUAUAUAUCUACUUACACUGUAAAUUAUAUAUUGAUUCUCUUUUUAAUUUAUUAUAUAUGCAAUAAAAAUAUUUUAUCAGGUGUUAA